AUGGGGAACAAUUUAAUUCACAGGUUAAGUAAUUGUAAAGGAACUUACACCUGUUCAGAUCAUAAUGAUAUUGAAAACGUGACCACAAAACUUAAAGUUAAUGAACUUAUGGAGGCUUUAAAGUUUAAAAGGAGGAAAAAAGUUUGUAAACAGGCUGUGGGCUCUUUAACAGAAAGAUUUGAGUUGGAAGUUCCUAUAUAUAUAAUUGCCGGUGCCGGCAAAAACCAGAAAAAAUUUUAUCAAUCAGUACUUCAUGGAGGAAUUAUGUGUUCUAAUGUUACUUAUUUAGGAAAAUUGGGAUUUUUUACUACUUUGGAGGGAUUACAGAUCGCGUUUCUGAGUGGUCGUUUAAGCAAUUCCUUACAUUCAGAAAAAGAUUUCAUGAGUUACACUCAAAAAGAGCUUGAAACUUUUCUUGAAAAAGUGAACGACACUAAUUUUAAAGGGGUUGAUAUUUUAUUAACGUCUGAGUGGCCGAAAGGCGUUACACAAUUUGCAUCUCCCCUUACAACGAAAAAGAAUAAAAACGUAACGUUGGAUGCGCUGGACUCAUUAAAAAUCGGCACUGAUGAGAUUGCACGUGUAGCGCAGGCUUUGAAACCUCGUUACCACUUUGCUGGGGGCGAGGGCGUUUUCUAUGAAAGAGCUCCUUACCGUAACACGCCACUUCUUAGCGCCUCUUCACACGUGACUAGAUUUUUGGGCUUAGCCGAGUUUUCUAACGCUGCCAAGCACAGAUAUAUUUAUGCCUUUAACGUUUUGCCGAUGAGUAAAAUGAAACUUUCAUUGUUGCUUGAACAGCCAAUUGGCACAACGGAAAAUCCGUUUGCACGAAAUACUUUUAAUGAAAGUAAUUCUUAUUUAACUCCCCAGAAAAGUUAUUUUUAUGCUGAACAAGAAAAUUUUCCCAAGAGAAAAAGCGGCGCAAUGACUCCGCCGGGAUACGUUUGCCGCCUUUGCAAAGUUCCCGGCCAUUUUAUACACGACUGCUCUCUUUAUGUUUGCAAACGCGUGCAGUACCAAAAAGAGCCGGAAGAGGACUGCUGGUUCUGUUUAAAGAGUCCCAACAUCGCUAAAAAUCUUAUUGUGCAUGUUGGCGAACAUUUUUAUUUGGCAUUGGCUAAAG